AUGCCCAGUCUCUACAGCUUCCCGGACGUCGACUCCCUGGCGAAACAGCUUCGCAAAUAUGUCUUGAUCAACCAGAACACCGCGCUGAGUCGCCACGGCGUCUUCCGCAUCGCCGUUUCAGGCGGAUCGCUUCCAAACACCUUGGCCAAAGCUCUGCUCGCGCCGGGCGACGGCUCUGCCGAAGACGUAGCCCACUUCUCCAAGUGGGAGAUCUUCUUCGCCGAUGAGCGUGCGGUGCCCCUGGACCAUCCCGACAGCAACUACCACCUCAUCAAGGAAGAGCUGAUGGAAAAGAUCCCGGCCAACUUGGGUGCGCCCACAGUCCACCCCAUUGACGCUGGGCACGUACUCGAUGACGACCCCACCGAACUGGCCGACCUGUACACGGAGGAUCUCAAGCGCACGUUCGCCGCGAAGGACAGCGUCAAGUUGCCCGUCUUCGACUUGAUUCUACUGGGCGUCGGCCCCGACGGACACACUUGCAGCCUGUUCCCGGGUCACCCGCAGCUCCGGGAAAAAGAUGCCUGGGUGGUGGGUGUUGUCGACUCUCCCAAGCCCCCUCCCAAGCGCAUCUCUCUCACUCUGCCCGUGGUCACGCACGCGGUGAGCAUUGCCUUUGUCGCCACUGGCGGGGGAAAGAAGGACAUCCUGAAGAGGAUUUUCGACACAGAUGAGGGCCACAGUCUCCCCAGCGGCCUGGUUAAUGUCCAUGGCGCCGACAAGGUAUCCUGGUUCUCUGACGACGCCGCCACAGAAGGCGUGUCCUUCCCGAAGCGGGCCAGUCUGUGA